GAAGAGUUGGAGUCCAGCGCGGAGCAGCUGGAGAGGCACCGGAGGGACCCCCGGAGAGCCCCCCUCGUCCACAGCAACGACGACCUGGAGUCCCUGCUCUCCGAGGACGAGGAGGACGAGGCCGAUGUGCGGCGGGCGCAGGAGGAUGCGCGGACGCUGCCGGCAACCCUGGCCAAGCCGAGCCCCGGCGCCUGUGCCCUCUCCACAUCGGCAUCGCUCGGCAUCAUCGACAGCUUCUCCGCCGCGGAGGAAAUCUCCCCGUUCGCCUCGCGGCGGUGUCUGCUCAAUGGCCCCGGCGCGGGGAGGGGCGCGCAGCUGGCGGCGGAGGCGGCCGAGGAGACCCCCCUGGGCAGGACCCUCAGCUUCAUCACGAGGAUGACGGGCAAGGCGAAGAGCAAGGAGAAGGAGAAGAUGAAGGAGGGGAAGGAGAAGGAUGCCCGCUACACCAACGGGCACCUCUUCACCACCAUCACCGUCUCCGGUAUGACCAUGUGCUUCGCCUGCAACAAGAGCAUCACGGCCAAGGAAGCGCUCAUCUGCCCCACCUGCAACGUCACCAUCCACAACCGCUGCAAGGACACGCUGCCCAAUUGCACCAAGGUGAAGCAGAAGCAACAGAAAGCGGCGCUGCUGAAGAACAGCUCGGCGCUGCAGUCGGUGUCGCUGCGCAAUAAAACUGCCAUCCGGGAGCGCCCCAACUCUGCCAUCUACCCCUCGGAGAGCUUCCGGCAGACGCUGCUGGGCCCACGCCGCGGCCGACCCUCCCUCUCCCUCUCCAAGAGCGUCUCCACCACCAACAUCGCGGGGACGUUCAACGAUGAAUCCCCGCUGGGGAUACGGCGGAUCCUGUCCCAGUCCACGGAUUCCCUCAACAUGCGCAACCGCACGCUGUCGGUGGAGUCGCUCAUCGACGAAGGCCCCGACGUCAUCCUCAACCAGCUGAUGAGCGACUUCGAGACGGACGGGAAGGGCUUCGAGGCGGAUUCGUGGAGUCUGGCUGUGGACAACAGCUACCUGAAGCAGCACAAGAUGGAUGUCAUGAAGCGGCAGGAUGUCAUCUACGAGCUGAUCCAGACCGAGAUCCACCACGUCCGCACGCUGAAGAUCAUGGCCAACAUGUUCCGCAAGGCCAUGCUGGAUGACCUGCAGGUGGACCCGGCCACGGUGCAGAAGAUCUUCCCCUGCGUGGAUGAGCUGAGCCAGAUCCACGAGCGGUUCCUGGCGCAGCUCCUCGAGCGCCGCCGGGAGUCCCUGGCCCACGACAGCAACAAGAACUUUGUCAUCAACCGCCUGGGGGACAUCCUCGUCAACCAGUUUUCGGGGGUCAGUGCAGAGCAGCUGAAGAAAGCCUACUCGGAGUUCUGCAGCAAGCACACCAAAGCCGUGAAGGAGUACAAGGAUCUGCUCGCCCGCGACAAGCGCUUCCAGCAGUUCAUCCGGAGGAUGACGCGCUCCCCACUUCUCCGACGUCACGGAGUGCCCGAGUGCAUCUUGUUGGUGACGCAGAGGAUCACCAAGUACCCGGUGCUCAUUGAACGCAUCCUGAAGAAUUCCAAAGACAACGAGGGCGACUCGGCGGACCUGUCGCGGGCGCUGAAGCUGGUGAAGGAUCUGAUCUCCUCCAUCAACGAGGAGGUGCACACGUGCGAGAUGAACGCGCGGCUCUGGGACGUUUACCGGCGUGUGGACGGCCGGGCCAAAGUGCAGCUGCCGUGGGAGAGCCGUGCCGGCGUCUUCGGCAAGGAUGAGCUCCUGCGGCGCAAGCUGGUGCACAGCGGCUGCAUGCUCUGGAAGACAGCGGCCGGGCGCUUCAAAGAUGUUCUGGUGCUGCUGAUGACGGACGUCCUCAUCUUCCUGCAAGAGAAGGACCAGAAAUACACCUUCCCCAUGCUGGACAAACCAGCCGUCAUCUCCCUGCAAAACCUCAUCGUGCGCGACAUCGCCAACCAGGAGAAGGGGAUGUUCCUGAUCAGCGCGGCGCCGCCGGAGAUGUACGAGGUCCACGCCGCCUCCCGCGACGACCGCAACAACUGGAUGAAGGUCAUCCAGCAGACGGUCAGCGUCUGCCCCAGCCGCCAGGACUUUCCCCUCAUCGAAACGGAGAUCGAAGCGUCUCUACGGAAACUGAAAGAUCGGAUCCUGCAGCACGACCGGAAGAUCUCGGCGCUGCUGGAGGAGAAGGUGGGGCUCUUUGCCGACAUGUUGGCGCUGGCGAGCGGCUGCGAGGAGCCCUCGCCCACCCUGGCCCCGCGCGCACUCUUCCACUCCGACUCGGCCGACGGCUCCCGGGGGGAGAAACUGAUGCACGACGCCAUCCGGGAAGUGGAAUGCCUGAAGGAGAUCUUCACGUGCGUUGGACGUGACCGGGACCAGAAUAACCAGCCGGAGGCCGAGAGCUGCCCCAGCCCCAGUGCCAGCAACGGCGACACCGGCAGCAUCAACGGCUCCGUGGAGUUCUGCAGGGCGGAUUCGGACGGGGGACAGAGAGACGGGAAUGGGAACCAGCUCCUGCAGAGGGUCCCGCAGGAGGAGAUCAACCAGCGCCUGGUGAACCUCUACUCGCUGCUGCAUGGGCUGCAGGCGGUGGUGAGCCAGCAGGACACUCUGCUGGAGCUGCAGCUGCAGGAGGGGGGGGAGAAGCCGCCGCCGCCGCCGCCCUCCGCGCGCCCCUCGGCCCCCGCGGCCCCCGGCGAGGCUGCGCUGGCGCUGCUGCAGCGGCAGCACGCGCUGGUGCAGGAGGAGCUGGGGCGCUGCCGGCAGCGCUGCCAGGAGCGCGCGCUCGACGCCGCGGCGCUGGAGGCGCGGCUGCGGGACAGCGAGCGGGAGCGCGCGCGGCUCCAACGGGACCUGGAGGAGGCGCGGAGGCAGCUGCGGGCGGGGGGGACCCCGGCCCGGGGGCGGCGGGGAGCCGGGGAGCCGCGGCGGAGGAGCCUGCCCGCGGGGGACGCGCUCUACCUCAGCUUCACCCCCCCACAGCAGCUGAGCCUCAGCCCCCCCCCCACCCCCUUCGCCCCCGGCCCCCGCGAGGACCUGGAUUUUGGGGGUGCAGACGCGGAGCGGCUGCGGGAAGGCGAGGACACCCUGGAUGCGCUCCUGGAGGAUGAGGACCUGGGCAGCGGCCGCUCGCCCCCCGCCAGCCCCCGAGAUUUCCCGAGGAUGCAGGAUAUUCCGGAGGAGGCGGAGAACAGCCAAGAGCGCGACGGGGGCUGCUCGGACAGUUAGGGACCCCCCCCCCCGGCACCCCAAACCCCC